AACAUCACAAAGAUGAAAGAUGACAUUAUUCAAUGUUUUCACACUCUGUUAUUAAAUUUUAAUCAUGAUUGAGAAAUGAACUAUUGUGGUAAAAUGUUGGUUAUGGAUGUUUAUUAUUAAUGUGGAAUGGGUAUGAGCUGCCUUCCGUGUCUGACCGUUCCGUGUCUGACCGUGCCGUUCUGUAGGUUAGAGUUUGUAUUGAAUUCGCGGCCAAAGUUAGACCCGUCCAGUUACAUGUUUGAUGGCCUGAAGGAUGAGACUGUUGGGAAGCUACCUGGUGCUCUCAACGGCAUACAGUUCAUUGUUCAGAACUGCCAGAACUGUAACAUUUACCUGUUUGACCACACAAGCACAGUGACAGUGGAUGACUGUACCAACUGUACAUUCUUUAUUGGGCCAAUCAAAACAAGUAUCUUCAUCCGAGACUGUACUGGGUGUAAGUUUGUGGUCGCGUGUCAGCAGUUCCGCCUACGAGACUGUCACAAGCUGGAAGCCUUCCUGUGCUGCACCACCCAGCCAAUCAUUGAAUCCUCAUCUGGUGUCCGACUCGCCUGCUACACCUACUUCUACCCGGAGCUUCCUGGUCAAUUCAAGGCCGCGGGUCUGAGCGUGUUUAACAACAAUUGGUCCAACAUCCACGACUUUACCCAGGAUGCCACGGAGACACACUACACGCUACUGCCAGAUUCCACCGCAGUGGAAGAUGUUGUUCCCUUACCGACCACAGAGAUGUUUGGGGGCAUGCAGAUAGAUGUAAGCCGAGAGAAAAGUGUGGUGCCCAACUCUCUGGGCACGCGAAGAAAAACAUCAGAUGAGUCAUGCUUGGUUGUGUUCUUCUAUGACGGCAGCUCUCAGGACCGCGCUCUCACCUUCAUUGAAGAGAUGAGGAAUCAUCAGUGUGUCCUUGUGCAGACUAAGGAACUGAAGAUGCUGCCCAAUGAUGCCCAGCGAGUGUUCGGCUCUGAUAUGUACAAUGAAGCUGUCAGCAGAGGUGAUGUAAUUGGCCUGGAGUUUAAUGGUGUGGAUGCUGUGCAGACAUGCCAGGAGGUGGUUACGCGGCUCACCGCCGGAUCCACAGGGGUUGUCUUCGUCUCCCAGUCACGAGAGGCUGCAGAAACGCAGAUCACAAACUACUACGACUUUGCAGACAUGCAGAUGAGCGUCUGAUGGUCGCCAAGGGUUAAGGGCUUUAAACUUCAUGGGGAACUGAUCUUUCACAGUUAAGAUCAAGCUGUGAAUUUAUGUCAUAAGCAACAUUGUGCAAUAUUUUGUGACUGCAUAUCAUUCUUGGUUGGCUCAUUUGAAUAUUGAAUGAUGCUAACUGACAGCAGUCUUUUACAAAUUGCCUUUAAAUGACAAAAAUGAAAUCCUUGUGUAUAUUUACAACAUAAUUUGAGUCAUGGGUAGUUUUCAAGGAAGAAAAGUAAAUCCUACAUAUCACAUUAUUGUUUUACAUUCCGUUUCUGCUCAUGAAAAUGUAACUAUUCGUUGUUUAACGUAUUAUUAAAUAUUGUAUUUAAUUUAUUUAUUUCCAUCUUUAGAUACAUGUCCUACAUGUGGCUUAUUUUUCCAAAAUAGUUGGCUACUUUAAGUAGAGUCUGAAAUUACAUAUACUGUGAUCAAUGCUGAGUAUUAGUAAGAAUAAGUCAUUUUCUUAGAAUACUGAUAUUAUGGUAGACAGCUUGAUAUUUAUUUCUUGCUUAACAAUUGGUAAAAUGAUAAGGCGAACUUUUCAAUGUUGUUUUAUAGAAGGUAGUGAUCUGAUAUGUUUUGUUACAGUUUUAUUUCUGUAUUUUCUGACCUUACGUGAAAUUGUAUAACUGAAAUAGACUUGGAUGAGAAGCAUUUCCCCCAAAUGUUGUUUUCAGCUCCUUUUAUAUGACUUUUUUUCAACACAGUCAGAGAGCUAUAAUACCUGUAGGUAGGCCAGAGUUAUUUCCCUACAGGCGCUACCAUACAGUUGUAGAUUAUUAUCUUUACACAAUAAUGCUUCUCUUGGUGGGAUCAAGUUGAAAAUUCUGUGAACCAAACUUGCAUUUCAAAACAGCUAUCAACCAGCAAAAUUACCUUGAAGAAGGAAUUAAUGGAUAAAAGUGACUGUUUUAGCUUAACAAAGUUAACAUAACAUUUUUGAUCUCCAUAAUAUCUUUGACAAGUUAAUCAUUACUUGAUAAUUCAUUUAAAAAAUGGUACAGCUUCACUCAUAGCCAUUUAAAACUCAUGAUGUAAAUGGGCAUAUCUCAAAUUAUUGAAACAAAAAUAAAAUAAUUUCAAUUUCUAAAUGUUAGUCGUGGCCUUUACACAUACUGUGAUUGGUUUGACUAUCUUGGUCUUAUAUUUUUUAGUUUCCAAAAGCCUUGCUUUAGUCAUUGUAUUGCUUGAAAUAUUUGAAGAUUUUUUUUUAACAUGUGUAUAUGUGUUAGAAAAUAUGAGAAAGAAUUGUAUUCGCAUAUUUUCUAAUUUUAGAUUAUUUGUAUCCGUCCAGAUUUUGUGUCUUGUCAGUUUUAGAUAUGUUUUGCCUUAAUAAAUUAUGAAAAUGA